AUGUUCAAAUAUCAAGAAGUCGAGUUCAAAAGUCUAGAUGGACUCACCCUCCGUGGCCGUCUUUAUCCCGCUGCCAACCGUGGUCCAGCUAUUGUUAUAACCUCUUCAUUCAAUCUUGUCAAGGAGAUCGCGGUACCGGAAAUCGCGGAGAUCUUCCAACGCAACGGAAUUACCGCUCUGAUCUACGACCAUCGCAACUAUGGCGACAGCGAGGGACUCCCGCGGAACGAUGUGGAUCCUGAAAAGCAGUGCGAGGACUGCUCAGAUGCCCUGAGUUUUCUUGCCAGCCUGCCAAUUGUCGAUUCCUCUCAAAUUGGACUUUGGGGGACUUCCAUUAGUGGUCUGGUCUGUCUCAAGGCCGCUGCAAUCGACCGACGAUUUAGACUGGUCAUCGUCGUGUCGCCCUUCCUCACAGAGACGUAUGACUCCGCCAAGGUGCACAAGUUUCUACGCCGGUGCAUCAGAGAUCGUGAGGCUCAGCUCAAAGGAAAUGAACCUUUCCGAAUUCCGCUGGUCACUGAAACCGGCGCAAAUCCGCUCGGGUUCGGUCCUGAUUUCGGGGUUGAGGCUUUCCAGACUCUCUCCCUACUGAAGGAAACCAUCGCGCCCAAUUACGAGAGUGAGAUGACUAUCCAAACCUGGCCGCGGGUACUCGGCUUCAACCCACUCCCCUUGCUGCAAUAUCUCAGUCCUACCCCAGCUAUGGUGGUAAUCCCUGAAUUGGAUACGAUCUCACCCUCGUAUCGGCAGAAGGAACUGUUCAAUGCUUUGCCAGAGCCCAAGCGGCUGUACAAUGCCAUUGGAAAGGGACAUAUCGACGUAGUGAUCGGCGAUGGCUGUGCAGAUGUCAUUAUGGCGCAAAUGAACUUUUUUAAGGAGGUUAUGAGCGGGCAAUUUAAUGUUUAA